AUAGGGUACAUCACAAUGCAAGCGUUUAUCGUGCAUCGUAACAAAAUUCAUAUUAGGGGGAUGCAUGCAUACAUAAAUUCAAGAACUGACCAUUUGAAACUUUACUAUGUUUUACAUGUAUAUGUAUUUUUAUAUGUUUUACAUUUUAGACUUCUACAAGAAGGAGUAGAACCAUACGAACUGGACAAGUUAACGAGAAGUUUUGGAUUUCCGGUAGGCGCUGCAACAUUAUUCGAUGAGGUCGGCAUUGAUGUGGGCUCUCACAUUGCAGUAGAUCUGGCGAGAGCAUUCGGAGAUCGAUUCAGUGGAGGCAAUGUAAUGUUGCUGGAGGAUUUAGUUCUUUCAGGAUUUUUAGGGAGAAAGUCCGGAAAGGGCAUUUUCAUAUAUGAUGGUGCGAAAGGAAAAGGAAGUCGCCCUGUGAAUAUGGACGCUCUUAGCAUCGUGAAGCAGAAAUACUCUCUGGCUUCAAAAGGAGCGAAUUCAACCGAAGACUUGAUUUUACGUAUGGUAUCACGAUUUGUAAAUGAAGCUGUUAUAUGUCUAGAAGAAGGAAUUUUGGAUAAUCCUUUGGAAGGUGAUGUUGGUGCUGUAUUUGGUUUGGGCUUUCCUCCUUUUACUGGAGGACCUUUUCGUUGGGUCGACCAUUAUUCGGCAUCGAAACUAGUAAAAAAGAUGGAAGGAUACGCAGGUUUAUAUGGUGUGGCAUUUGAACCAGCUCACACAUUAAUGGAAAUGGCAAAAAAAAUCUUCGAAAAAGUUUUAUACAAAGGCAUGAGCAUUUGACACUUCAAAUCCUUAUCCAAAGUAUGUAACUUUAAUAAACCACGAUUUUGUAUACAAAUUUAAGUUUUAAUGUAGUUGUUUAUAUUUUAUCAAUUUAUAUAAAAUCCUUAAAUGUAUUACUCAAUAAAUAUAACAAUGCGUGGAAAAAA